AUGCUGGCCUGUACCUGUGUGUGUCUCGAGGUUCUGGCCAUGUUCUGCACAAUCUCACUAUCUCUGUCAUAGAUUCUCUGGCCUCCGGGGAUGAUGAUGAGGACAGUGAUGGCUCCCCUAGGGACCUUCCCAAGGGCCACAUUUAUCCACAACAAGGCCCCUACUGGACACAUCCCCAUCGUAUGGAGAAGAAACUGCAUGCAGUCCCUGCAGGCAACACAGUCAAGUUCCGAUGCCCGGCUGCGGGCAACCCCAUGCCCACCAUCCGCUGGCUGAAGAACGGAGAAGACUUCCACGGAGAGCACCGAAUUGGGGGCAUCCGGCUCAGACAUCAGCACUGGAGUCUCGUCAUGGAAAGCGUGGUGCCCUCGGACCGUGGCACUUACACCUGCGUGAUAGAGAACGCCCUGGGGAGUCUCCGAUACAACUAUCUCCUGGAUGUGCUAGAGCGCUCCCCCCACCGGCCCAUCCUGCAGGCCGGCCUGCCCGCCAACACCACAGCUGUGGUUGGCAGCGACGUAGAGCUACUGUGCAAAGUCUACAGCGACGCCCAGCCCCACAUCCAGUGGCUAAAGCACAUCGAGGUCAAUGGGAGCAGCUUUGGGGCGGACGGAUUCCCCUUCGUGCAGGUGCUCAAGACCGCUGAUAUCAACAGCUCAGAGGUAGAGGUCUUGUACUUACGUAAUGUGUCGUCAGAGGACGCGGGCGAAUACACCUGCCUGGCCGGCAACUCCAUCGGGCUCUCCUACCAAUCGGCCUGGCUCACGGUGCUGCCUGAGGAGGGGCUGGUGUGGGAAGCCGUCGCCUCCGAGGUGAAGGCCACAGACAUCAUCAUGUACACGUCGGGCUCCGUGGCCGUCCUCGUGAUCCUGGUCAUUGCUGGGCUGUGCCGGGGGCAGACGCUGUCUAGCCGGCCGCCCCGCCAGCCCCUUGCUGUGCAGAAGCUCUCACGCUUCCCCCUCAUCAGACAGUUCUCCCUGGAGUCAGGCUCAUCAGGGAAACUGAGUUCUUCCCUCGUUCGGGGUGGCCGCCUGUCCUCCAGCUGUACCCCGAUGCUCCCUGGCCUUGUGGAGCUGGACCUGCCACUCGAUGCCAAGUGGGAGUUUCCCCGGGAUAGGCUGGUGCUAGGGAAGCCCCUUGGUGAAGGUUGUUUUGGGCAGGUGGUGCGGGCGGAGGCCUAUGGCAUGGACCCUCAACAACCAGACGGGGCUGCCACGGUGGCCAUCAAAAUGCUCAAAGACAAUGCCUCUGACAAAGAUCUGGCAGACCUGAUCUCUGAGAUGGAAAUGAUGAAGCUCAUUGGCCGACACAAGAAUAUUAUCAACCUGCUGGGUGUCUGCACUCAGGAAGGGCCUUUGUACGUGAUCGUAGAAUUUGCUGCCAAAGGCAACCUCCGGGAAUACCUUCGGGCGAGAAGACCGCCUAGCCCUGACUAUACCUUGGAGACACCCAGGACCCCCGAGGAACAGCUGUCAUUCCAGGCCCUGGUCUCUUGUGCCUACCAAGUGGCCCGUGGCAUGGAAUAUCUGGAGUCUCGGAAGUGUAUACACAGGGACCUGGCUGCCCGGAACGUGUUGGUCACUGAGGACAAUGUGAUGAAGAUUGCAGACUUUGGCCUGGCCAGGGGUGUUCAUGAUAUCGACUACUACAAGAAAACCAGUAAUGGCCGCCUGCCUGUCAAGUGGAUGGCACCUGAAGCCCUAUUUGACCGAGUCUACACUCACCAGAGUGAUGUGUGGUCCUUUGGAAUCCUGCUGUGGGAGAUCUUCACCCUGGGUGGCUCCCCUUACCCUGGCAUCCCCGUAGAAGAGCUCUUCUCACUGCUGAAAGAAGGACAUCGUAUGGACCGGCCUUCCCACUGCCCCCCAGAGCUGUACAUGUUGAUGCGUGAGUGCUGGCAUGCUGUACCCUCCCAAAGACCUACCUUCAAGCAGCUGGUUGAAGCCCUGAACAAACUCUUGACUGCCAUCUCUGAGGAGUACCUGGACCUCUCGAUGCCCUUCGAGCAGUACUCCCCAGCCGCCGAGGACACCAGCAGCACCUGCUCUUCCAAUGACUCUGUUUUCACCCAUGAACCCCUGGCCCCCGGGGGCCUGAGCCCUAGCCCCUUCACUUACCACAACGUAAGGACAUAAGGUGAACCCCACCAGCUAAGAACUGAGACAGCAGGGAUAUGACUGUGAAUGCCCUGGGCUUGGGCUCUGUUUCUGAUCUCAAGAAUUUGACUCUGCCCUGGAACUCUCUCUGGAACGUGGCCUUCCCCUAAGAAGGGCAGGAAUGGUCAACCUUGGAUGGCUGCCUAUUCGAAACAGUUGUGCCUUGAUUGUUUUCUUUUUAUCAGAGUCCAGAAUCAUUGGGAGACAGCCCCAGGUCCUUUUCACCUGAAGUUAUCCCUGGAAGGACCCUCUAAGGCCUUCCCUCUCCUUCUCUCUCUCCCUCCCUUCCCUUCAACCCAGGGAAGGUUGAUGUACAUAAUGUGUCUAUGCAUAUAUAUAUAUGACCUUUGAUAAAUUA